GAUGUAUAUUGAGCUGGUUUGAUUCAUCAAUGUGAAGCGGAAAAAUGUCGGUAGAGGCUCGAACUGACCACACGCAAUAUGCAGGGACAACAAACCUCCAAAAUGGCUCCCAUUAGGACUCGAGCUGGCAGGUAAGAUUCCCAGGAAUAAUUAUCCAUUUUCAAAUGGUGUGUGAACAUCAACACCUCCAGGUGCAGCGGAAGUUAUAAGAAGGCUAUCCAUCCCCAGGAUUCAGCAGCUCAACUUCAAGCUCUGUACAUGGACAAACCACCAGCUGUAGCGACCUGUGUCAGAUGGAGAUCGAGGUCUAAUCGAGGUGUACAUCAGUGGGAACUCGAAGUGAGUUGUAAUAAUAAGGUUUGCACGACGUCGAGUCUGAAGCUGCAGGUCCAGGUCCAGCUUCAGCUCCAGCUCGAACUCUGAAGAUGGUUGGCUGCGUGGACAACGAUGAGGGCAUCUUCGCAGGUCUGCUGAACUCAGCAGGAAUGAGCGCAGAGCGCUCGAACCAAGUCGGAGAGCUGGUGUGCUCCAAAUUCGACGUGGUUUCGACAGCGCUGUCGAGCCAGAGCAUGGCCGUGGACAGCAUCUACUUGCUGUUCUCGACGUACCUCGUCUUCUCCAUGCAGAUCGGCUUCGCCAUGCUUUGCGCGGGCUCGGUGCGGGCCAAGAACACCAUGAACGUCAUGCUGACCAACGUGGUAGACGCAGCGGCAGGGGCCAUCUUGUUCUACCUCUUCGGGUUCGGGUUCGCCUUCGGCCGAGGCUCGCAGAACAACGCCUUCAUCGGCAGCAACUUCUACGGACUGCGUGAGAUGCCCGACCACGUCGACGCCUUCGACUACAGCUUCUUCCUCUUCCAGUGGGCGUUCGCCAUCGCCGCCGCGGGCAUCACCAGCGGCUCCAUCGCCGAGCGGACGCAGUUCGCGGCCUACCUCGUCUACUCGUCCUUCCUCACGGGCUUCGUCUACCCCAUGGUCGCGCACUGGGUGUGGUCCGUUGACGGCUGGCUCGGUGCCGCGGCCACCGGCCACCGGCUGUUCGGCGUGGGCGCCAUCGACUUCGCGGGCGGCGGCGUCGUCCACAUGGUGGGCGGCGUCGCGGGGCUCUGGGGUGCCUUCAUCGAGGGCCCUCGCCUCGGCAAGUUCACCCGCGACGGUAAACCCGGCCUGGACAUGAGAGGUCACAACGCCUCGCUCGUGGUGCUCGGCAGCUUCCUGCUCUGGUUCGGCUGGUUCGGCUUCAACCCGGGCUCGUUCGUCCGGAUCCUCGUGCCCUUCCGAGGCUCGAGCUUCGAGGGAAACUGGACCGGCGUCGGCCGCACGGCCAUCACCACCACGCUGGCCGGUUGCUCGGGGGCCCUCACUACUCUCUUCGCCCGACGCUGGAUGACCGGCCACUGGCUGGUGACCGACGUGUGCAACGGGCUGCUGGCCGGCUUCGCGGCCGUAACAGCAGGCUGCGCCGUCGUCGAGCCCUGGGCCGGGGUGGCCUGUGGGUUCGGGGCCGCGUGGGUGCUCAUGGGACUGAACUGCGUCGCCCAGAGGCUGAACUAUGACGACCCUCUGGAAGCCGCUCAGCUUCAUGGCGGCUGCGGGGCCUGGGGCCUGCUCUUCACGGGGCUCUUCGCGACAGAGAAGUACGUCCUCGAAGCUUAUGGCUCUGGCCGUGGCCACGGCCUUCUGAUGGGAGGAGGAGGAAGGCUCUUGGCUGCGCAGCUCGUGGAGAUCGUCGUCGUCAUCGGCUGGGUCACUGUGACCAUGGUUCCCUGUUUCUGGUUUCUGAACAGGAGCAAUCUGCUCAGAAUUUCAUCGGCCGAUGAAAUUGCGGGCAUGGACCUCACCAGCCAUGGCGGUCGGGCCUACCACCACGAGGGCUCGUUCGUCAAACCCAACUCUCGUGAAGGGUCCAAGAGCCAUCACGGUGACUACUACGCUGCACAGCAGUUCUGAUCUACAUACUAGCGUACACUAAUACUGAAUUCAUGCUCACGACAGCUGCUCGUAGAAUCAGGAGCUGACAAGGUAAUGUACAUAUUUAUUCUUCUUGCAGAUCAAUAAAUGCACACAUAAUGGCUCCUUGGGGACUUCACAUUAAUCGAAAAACAACUUCUCGUAACUUAUUGCGUGGACAAAAAUUAUUGAUAUGGAGCAGAGACGUUUAUUAGAUUCCAGUUCCAGAAACUGCUGAACUGCAGUUUGGAUAAGAUGACGGCAAUGGUAGUUAAGACUAACGGUGUGCAUCGAGUGUGUACGUAUUUUUUCGGUGUGAUAGUUCAGGUAUCCUCGUGCAUUUAAACCCAUGAUAACUUACUUGGACUUCUCGCCAGUCGAUAAUCCAACACCGAGGGUGAUUGCAAUUACACUACUUACUGCUGGGCUAGAAUAUCAUCAUGCAUGUAUGAAAUCCAGCACUUCUGCGUGAGUAAGAAAUUUCAUUUGCCCUUCCUUGGAACGUUCAAGGUUGGCCUUUUAUUAUGAGCUUGCUCGCCGACAAUGGCGGUCACGAACGGGUUGCAAGAAGAGUCCGAAGGGAAAUACGUACGGGAGAGGUAUCGUCUUCAUAGACUGAAAUUUGCAUGCAAUCGAAGUAGUUAUUUCAAGCUUCCCGCCAGGUGGUGUACAAGGCCACUUCCAUUGAUGAA